AUGGUAGCCUUCAAGGUUGUCUCUCUCCUUCUGAUCUCUCUCAGUUUUGUGCUGAUGGAAGAAAAUAGCAUCAGGGAAAAUCUAAGAAACUCCACAUUUCUGCAAAGGCGAUAUUCUGAGGGUACUUUGGCAAGUGAUUACAGUCGAACUUUGGACAACAUGCUGAAGAAGAAUUUUGUGGAGUGGCUCUUGAAUCAUAGGGAGAACAAGAAUGAAAACAAACUUGAACUAUCCAAGAGAAAAACUGAUAUCACAAUGUCAAAUGAAAGGAAUCAAGGCAAUGAAGCUGGAAGAACUCAGGAAGCAAAGGACUAUGUUGGAUGGCUUUUGCAAAUCAUUGGAAAGCAGAGACUUUCCUUUCUAAUGGAUUCAGAUGAAUGGAAGAACAACCAGAGGCAAGAAUUUUUGGCGUGGCUGAUUUUUGCUGACCUCUGUAAGCUAGUGUGA